CCUGAUGACGUCACUUGGCCACCUUGUUCCUGUUUUGGCUGCUAGCUGCUGCUAGCCGUCACCGAAAUGUCGACAGAAAUGUGGGCGUCAUGUUGUCAUUGGCUGUGUUUGGACUCUGCGGAUGAUGAGGUAGGUGGGGCCCAGCCGCACCCUCAGUCCUACACAAACUCCGCCUUCAGCAGCCAACCGACUCCUCCCCCCGGACAACAGAACACCUGUAAAGCUUGCGGCCGGCGCCUGGACAUGCCCACCACCGAGCACGUGUGCGCCGACUGCAAAGAAAACUACUGCAACCGCUGCUCGGCCCAGUCGGAGCCCCGGCCCCGGCUGUGUCACACCUGCCGGCGUUUCCACGGCAACCUGCUUCAACGGGCUGAGUUGAUGAAGCUCAAAGUCAAAGAGCUGCGCGACUACCUGCACCUGCACCACAUCGCCACGCAUCUGUGUCGCGAGAAGGAGGAGCUGGUUGAACUGAUCCUGAGUCAGCAGCCGUCUCCGUCCGAACCCCCCGACCGCGACCCCGCAGUCGAUCCCCCGUUGCCGACCCUCGGCCCCGACGCCUCUGACCGGACCCCCGUUGCUGACCCCCCUGACGUUGACCUCCCCGACCGGACCCUCGGAGCCGUGACUCCUGAUAGCGUCCCCGCAGAUGUGAAUACCUCGGACCGGGAGCGGGAGCGGGACCCGGACCGGGAUCGGGACCGGGAGCGGGACCGGGAGCGCGACCGGCAGCGCGACCAGGAGCGCGACCAGGGCUGGGACCCCGCCGAGGACGCGGCGGCCCGCAGGGCGUCGCUGUCGGACUUGACGAGCGAGGACGACGUCGAAGCGCUGACCGUGCGACAGCUGAAGGAAAUUCUGGCGAGGAACUUUGUCAACUUCAAAGGCUGCUGUGAGAAGUGGGAGCUGAUGGAGAGAGUCACCCGCCUCUACCGGGACCACGCCGCCACCAACGAGGACAGCGGCGGUUGCGCUCCAGCGGGCUCCGAUCAGAACCUUUGUCGCAUCUGCAUGGACGCGGCCAUCGACUGCGUGCUGCUGGAGUGCGGUCACAUGAUCACGUGCACCAAGUGCGGCAAGCGGAUGAACGAGUGUCCCAUCUGCCGCCAGUUCGUCAUCCGAGCCGUCCACGUCUUCAGAUCCUGACGCAGGGUUUGACUUGUCGGCUGAGUUUUUGCAUCGGUUACCAUGGACAUUUUUCCGGCGAGGAGCAGUUCCGUCUCGCUGAGCAGCGCUUUCACGUCCUUCACCAUCAACACCACGGCGCCGCAGCUCAGCGUCUGAACGCACAUACACCAGAGAGGUCGUCUUUGUGUGGCUUUCCGUGACAAACGAUGUGUUCGUGUAGUACGCGUAUAUGUACGACGCUACACGUGCUACUAGAGAAACAAAGUAUGACGACGCGGUGGCUUUUACCUACCCCGAUGCUGCCGGACUGGGCGUAGACCAGGUCCAUGGACUUGGAGCUGGCGUUGACGGCGUGAGCGAGUUCCUGUUCCAGAUUGCGGUGACUCUGAGCCAGCUGGCAGAUACUGACGCACACAUUUCAUGUGAGUGAAUUAACAAGACGUAUAAAAAAUGUGUGCAAGUGGACAAACAGAAUUUGAAAUGAUGUAUGGAAUUAGAGGUGCAACAAUUAAUCGGUUAAUCGACAAACAAUUAUGAAAUGAAUCUGCAACUAUUUUGAUAAUUGAUUUAUCGUUUUCAGACCUUGUCUUACUUCAAAUUGUCCAAAUCGUCAGAAUUUCAGCCUGUCAACAGCAAAUCUUCUCCCAUUUCUGUCGUCCUCCAUGAAAGGAGACUGAUUCUCUUUGUUUUUCAAAAUAAGACAUUUGCAAAUAUCUG